UGCCAGUCGUAGAGAGGUUUUCGAAGAAGCGUUACUCCUCUUGGUCCUGUGUCUGGAGUUCAACCCGCAUGUGAAUUCUCCCGACAACCCUGAUGAGCGCUGGAGGACCGUCCUUGCGUGGGUAUUGUCCGUUCAUGGAAAUGGUAUCGCAUCCGAGGGAAACAGAGACUGGAUUCAAGAUAUUUUUGACAACAUUGCAAGAAUAUUGCCAAAGGAAAAUGUGGAUAAUGAGGCUAUUAAACAAGCUGAGGAAACUGAGGAAAGCGACUACAAAGUGCUUUUGGAGUCGAUAAGUAAAAUACACCAGGCAUAUUGGAGAGAAUUCAGUGAACUAAGUGCCGUAUUUGGGGAUGUCUCUUCAGGAUCUUUACAUGAAAAUAACCUCGAUCCACUACUGAAGUCGGCCAUGAUCAAGGCCUGUGAGAAAGAUAUGCCUCUCUUCUUACACCUGCUGACAUGCGUGGCUGGUGCCAACGUUAGUGAGAAGAUUGACGAAGUGUGUGGAGGAUUCCCACUCCACUACGCAGCUCUUCACAACAAUAUGUCUGCAGCCAGGUACAUUCUGAGCCAAGGAGCCUCACCGAGUGUGCAGGACCGCUUCGGCAACACACCUGCCCACUACGCGUACAUGUUCGGGCACCAGGAGGUUGGGGACUUCCUUAAAACUGAUAUAAAGAACAACAAUGGCCUUCCUGCUGAAUCUAGGCUUAAAGGGUACAACCAUUACCUGAAACUGUAUAAACUGGACCCCAAUAGCCUACAGAAAAGGAAAAUGCAAAGAGACAAUACUGCCUCUCAAAUUAUACAAGAACAUCUGCAACAUCUAAGGAGAAAGUGGAUGGAAAAUAGCAUAAGUCAAGCUGUCCAAGAAUGCCAUGUAGAUUUCAGAAGUGGUGAACCUUGUGCAAUUAAAAAAUCUGUUUCAGAGUUUAUACAAAAGUUGAUACUUUCAAUUACUUCAGUAAAUCCAAUGUACAAAGGUGAUUUGCACAUGCUAGGGAGUUCAGGAGACAAUGUUCGAUUAUUUUGCCCGGAUGAGUUUGACUUUAAUAUCAUCAUACAAAAUAUGAACAUACAUUUUCCUGUGACAUGGAAAGGAGACUUAAGAGAUGGAUCUGUGAAAUUAGAUAAAGCUUUAAAUGACCUAUUGCUGGACCAUUUCUAUUGCACAGUGAGGCAGAGUCUUGUGAACUGUGAGCCUGAAGACAGGCGACUGGCCAUUGUUCUGCCGGGAGUGAAGAAGACUCAGGUGGGCGUAUCGCUCAGCCUCGUCUGGACAGGUAAGGUGUUCCCUCUGCUCCUGGUGGAUGUUGAUGUUGUGGCCACUGCUAGAGCCAGUUGGCCACCUGCACUCAGGAGGCCAAAGCUCACACCCUCCACCCUUGACUCUGUGUAUUUGAAUAGCAUUGGCAACAACGAAUGGAGGUUCUCUUUCGCACUGGCAGAAAAUGCAGUCAUGAAAAGUCUGACGGCUGACAAGCGCAGGGUAUUUCUGGCCUGCAAGAUGGUGCUCAGUGCCCUGAAGGUGGAGAAGUGGGCACCGAGACACGUCCGGAACCAGUUCAAAUAUUUCCAUGGAAGAUUCUUCAAGAUUCCCUCGCCAAAGGGCUUCCUCCUCAAGAAUACCUUCUUCCUGGAGCUGGAGGAGGUGACAGAUGAGGAGCAGUGGACGGAGGAGCACUUAGUGGAGAGGAUGACCUCGGUAUUCCGGAGGAUGUGCGAGGAACACACUGACCCCGCCUCGCAGGAGACUUCCUGGGAACCGGCAGCGGUCAAGGCGUACUUCGCUGACCUGACAGAGAGUCCAUGUGUUGGGUUUGGAGUGCCAGAAAUUCUCAACUUUUUGAAGUCACUAGAUUCUCAACUAAACCAAUUUCAACUUCAAAGCAACAGGAAGAGACGCAGAAGCCCAUGCGAAUACAAUUCAAGGAAGAGAUAUAAGAAAACCAAGCAUCUGCAAUAAUAGUUUCUCCUAUAAUUCUAAACCUAGUGUAACUUCAUAUCUAAAUCAGGUUCACAUCUGAAUACAGGACUGUUUAAGCCUUGCUGAUAAUGGUAUAUGAAUAUCACUGCACCAAUAAGUUCUUUCAC